CUUCCAAGGAAACUGAAACUAACUGACUCAGGCAGCGGGAGACUUCAGCUGUGGCCACAGGCACUCCUGUCCCCAACCUGGGAAUCAUGUGGGAGCUGGAAGAGACCCCAGCCAAGUAUCUGGACAAGUUCAUUGAAAACCGUCUCCUGCCAGACACGAAUUUCCGCAGGCAGAUCAAGGAAGCCGUCCACAUCAUCUCCACCUUCCUGAAGGAGAAGUGUUUCCAAGGAGCCCCCCACCCUGUGCGGGUGACCAAAGUCAUCAAGGGUGGCUCUUCAGGCAAAGGCACGUCCCUCAGAGGCCGAUCAGAUGCUGACCUUGUGGUUUUUCUUAGCAACCUUGGGAGUUUUCAGGAGCAGCUUGACAGAAGAGGAGUGUUCAUCUGGGAAAUUAAGAGGCAGUUGGAAGCCUGUCAAAGAAAAGAAAUCUUUGAAGUGCGGUUUGAGGUUGGGAGUCUGCAGUGGGAGAAGCCCCGAGCCCUCAGCUUCUGGCUCACACACCCCUAUCUCCCCGAAGAGGUGGAGUUUGAUGUGCUGCCUGCCUUUGACGUCCUGGGUCAGUGGACCAAUAACGGCCAACCUAACCCUGAAGUCUACAUCACGCUCAUCCGAGAGUGCCAGGCGCUGGGGAGAGAGGGUGAGUUCUCCACCUGCUUCACGGAGCUGCAGCGAGACUUCCUGAGGCAGCGCCCAACCAAAGUGAAGAGUCUCAUCCGCUUGGUCAAGCACUGGUUCCGAAGGUAUUGUAAGAAGAAGCUUGGGAAGCCACUGCCGCAGCAGUACGCCUUGGAGCUCCUGACAGUCUAUGCCUGGGAGGAAGGCAGCAACAAAACCGAGUUCAGCACGGCAGGAUUUCAGACCGUCUUGAAAUUAGUCCUGAACUACCACCAGCUCUGCAUCUACUGGACAAAGUAUUACAACUUUAAAAACCUGAUUAUUGGACAAUACCUGGAGAGGCAGCUUGCAAAGCCCAGGCCUGUGAUUCUGGACCCGGCUGACCCGACGGGAAAUGUGGCGGGUAGAGACUCAUACCCCUGGCCAGCGCUGGCCAGACGAGGCCAGGGCCUGGCUGAGCUACCAUGCUUUAAGAAAGGAGAUGGGUCUCCAGUGGGCUCCUGGGACGUGCCGUUUGCGAAGACAUCGAGGACAGCUUGGGCAACCUGUGAGCCGAAGAUGUAUUCUCCCCAGGCUUAUGGAUGGCACCCUGUAGCUGCUGGGAGGAGCCUCAGUGAAAGCAUGAUGCCGUCCACUGCCCCGAAGGAAGAUGACUGGGCGUGUGCCAUUCUCUGAGCACCAGUGAGCCUUACGGGAAAGGGCUCCAGAAUCAUCCAGGCCCUGACCCUCAUCUCAGAGGUUGGGGGAGGUCCCUUGAUCCAGAGGGCAGAAGACGACUCCGAUCCCAACAUGAGUUGGUGUCAGACCUGAGACAGGGAUGCAGGCUUCCUGACUCCCACCCUUACCCCUGUUCUGUGCUCCUCCUCCUCUCAGCAGUGAUUUCCCCGCAGCCCUACCUGCCCCAAGCCUGGUCUCUGACAUCAUCUCUGGGAGACAACCAGAGAGCCUUAACUUUCUUCUGUGUUCCUGCUGAGGGGCCUGCUGUCCAAUUUAUCAUCAAUAACAAUAAAAAGAUCAGCAAAUACCAUGUGUUGGGUGUUUAUUA